UAAUAUAUAAACAACUUGCACGUCACAUUUCAAAACAAGUACUUGCAUGGUGGCUUCAAUGACAGGUUUAGAUACUCUGCGGUGCCUUGUUAGGUCGAGAGCUCAACUACGAUAUCCACAAUCCCUUUCGCAUCAUACGCGGCAGGUUUUUCUCGGAUCGGAGUACGCUACAAUUCAAAACGAGACGUCUCUGUUUAUGUUCAACACACCUCCAACAUAUUAUUCUGCUGUCCGCACGGAGAGCGAAGCAUUAAAAAUAAAAAUAAACAUUUUGGGGGAAUGUAACUUUGUACAGGAAGAAAGCUAACACGAAAGCGUCGUAUGAUUGGCCAUUCUGACUGUUUUUUUUUGUAUCAAACAUUGAGAUUUGUUGACAAAUUGCCUUUGUUAGCUGGUAACUCAACCAACUUGGUCUGAAGCGGCGGGUGGUAGAUGGUUGUCCCCCGCUCACUGAGCGGUGUGUCUCGGCAGGAGGAGCGCAUCGACUCCGCUGGUUGCAGCGGCGACAACCAACAGGCACAUGCAGGAUGAGGAGGCGGAGCUGAAGCUCAGCUGACCCCACCCAUUUAGUGUGACCUCCCUCCUACCCUCACCCAUCCAGCCAGCCGGGCCCAUGUUCUCUCCAGAGCAGGAAAAUAUCUCCCCCUCCUCCACCUCCUCCUCCAAAGUGCCGGUGAAAUAUGGAGAGCUCAUGGUGCUGGG